AGUCAGUUGGUCGACUUCCCCCACGCCAGGAGUCUACCACGUGCGCACAGAUGCGUGAUGACAUCCAAUCACUUAUCCCUGCAGUCCUUACGGGCGGCAAGCCAGGCCAAGGAGUUGGCGGACAAACGAGCUGAGAUUCGACGCAAGUCCCUCAUCAUCUUGGUUCAUCACUAUCUCGACCAGGAGGGAUAUAGUGAUGCAGCCAAGCUCCUGGUGCAGGAGGCUCGACUCAACACCGAACAGUUCUCCGUCUGCGACAGCGUCGACCUCGCCGGCGUCCUGCAGGAGCAUGAGGCCUGGUUUGUUGCUAAGUACCAGAAGUACCCGAAGCUGGCGAAGCGGGUGUUGGUGCCCAGACCCACGCCCAAGCCCCACCGGUGUAGCCACCUCCACGAGGAAGCCAACGCAGCCAAGAACGACACACUAGCGGGGAAAAAGAGCCCUUUCUUCAGGAGAAGGUCACUCCCUCGGCACGGAGGGUCAGGAGGGAGCAUGGGUCGCGCCGCCAGUGAUCCAAGCCUCAGCGACGACGUCUCCAGCGCAGGCGAGGUCAAAGGUCGCGGUCGUUCCCGCAACUUUGUCAGGAACAAGAUGAUCGACAACAAAAAGCGUGAGGAGGUCGGCAGGGUUCCGCUGGUGGGACGGCGCGUCUCGGGAAGUGGAGGACCACUGCGGAGUCCCGGGGACGAGAAGAAGGACCCCACCAAGUCCUCCUCCGACACCGACAGCGAGAAAGGGGGCGCGGGCAUCGCAGCCUCCCUCGCACCCGUCAAGACCGGCAGGAUGCCACGGCAAGUGUUGGACCUGAAGCAGAUGAUAAGUGACUACACACGUCUUGAAGACAACAUUGGUGAUGUGGGUAAGGGUCCUCCCAGGCCUCCUUCCCACCCUGACCAGUCACCUGGUGAGGAUGACGAGGACAGCGAUCUGUGGGACGAGAAGAGUGUGAAGCCGCCUAUCCUCAUGCCUCACUUCACUGGAGAGUUCAGAGACCUCGCCAACAUUAUACAGCGGGAGAUCUUGGUGGACAAUCCUGAGGUUAAAUGGGAGGAUAUUCUUGGUCUGGAGGACGCCAAGAGACUUGUGAAGGAAGCCGUGGUGUACCCUCUAAAAUAUCCUCAACUCUUCGUCGGAAGGUUCAAGCCGUGGCGAGGCAUUCUCCUGUAUGGACCUCCGGGCACAGGCAAGACCCUCCUGGCGAAGGCGGUGGCGACGGAGUGCAAGACCACGUUCUUCAACAUCUCCGCCACUUCGCUGGUGUCCAAGUGGAGGGGUGACUCGGAGAAGCUAGUCAGGGUGCUGUUUGAGAUGGCGAGAUACCACGCGCCCUCCACGAUAUUCGUGGACGAGGUGGACGCGUUGAUGGCCUCACGCCAGGGUGAACAGGAGCAUGAGGCCUCCCGGAGAAUGAAGACCCAGCUGCUGGUGGAGCUUGAUGGACUCACCCAAGCUAACCACCAUGUGUUCCUCCUCGCUGCCUCCAACAUACCUUGGCAGCUGGAUCCAGCAAUGCUCCGUCGCCUGGAGAAAAGAAUCCUAGUGCCACUACCGGGCUUGGAGGCGCGGGAGGCCAUGUUCAAGCACCACCUGCCAGAUGUCAUCCCCGACCUGGAGGAGGCUGGCCACGCCAUCACCACCCAUCUCGACUACAAGAAGUUAGCCCAGUUGUCUGAUGGGUACAGCGGAUCCGACCUCCAGGUGGUGUGUCGGGAAGCCGCUAUGAGCUGCCUAAGAAAGGUCUUCAACGUCUUGGAGGAUCAUUCAGUGGGGGACUCGGAACUCCCGGAGCUCAAACUGGACGCCAUAAACAUGGGCGAUGUGGAGACGGCGCUGCAGAAGACCAAACCGGCGCAGAGCAACAACCAUCAAUACCUCUCCUGGCACUCCAAGUUUGGCUCUGCUUGAGGGGCCUCCUUGACCUCGAAUCUUUCCCUGCGAUUGUCUGCCGUGGUGUGCAGACUGUGGUGGGGGGAGAGGAGGGGUUACAGCAGUGCUGAGGAGGACCUGGUGUUGGAGACAGGAUGGGAGUUUAUUGCUGCUUGAAGCCUGUUUUCUUGUUGGAUUCAAGUUGUUUGCAAAAGGCAGGGAUUAGCAGGUUCACUUCCAGGAACGUAUUUACCUGAUUUACCUGAGGGCCACUAACCCUAGUGGCCUCGACGACGACAGGAAGCUGUCGGCUUGUCGAAAGCUCCCCCAAAAAUGCUGGUGGUAACUGAUUUGCAGAGUUAGGUGAAGUUGAUACACGUUCCCAGAAACUGUUACGGUUGGAGGUACACAUUCCCAUACCAGGGUAUACUUAUAACUCAAAUAAUUCAUAAUCAUGGGUAUGUGGAUUCGUUCUCAUUCCUAGAAUCACACGAUGGUCGAAACUUUCUUAAACCUGAAAAGUUGAGAGACUAGUGUGGCUUAUGUUUUUCAUUCCACGAAGGCUGGAAGUGCAUCAUAUCUUCGAAGCUUCAGAAGCUGUAGGCCUUCCCAUCCCUGGAAUCCCAAAGACUGUCAGUGUUCCAAGUCAUGCAACUUCCAAAUACUUAAGAUGUUCUUGCUUCUGAACAAACACGUGAGAGAAACUGAAGGCGCUCCUAGUCCUCAAAAUACUCAUUAAGCUCUUAGGUACUGAGAGAUAUAAGGGCACACUCACCAUUUAAAAUCUCAAAAAUCUCUGACUUUGCCAAGAGUCUAUGUUUACUCUUGCCGACGGUAAUGCACAAUUACGUGGCUGAAAAUUAGACAACCAACUCACAAAUAGGAAUUGACGACGUCUCGGUCUAUUCUGAACCGUUAUCAUUACACGACUUGGAAUGGCCUAGGAUAGACAGAAACGUUGUCAAUUUUUUUUAUCUUCAGAUUUGUUUGUUGAUAUGUUUACUCCUGUCAAAGAAUGAACCUCCUUUAUUACAUAUCUGCGUUUAUGGUUUUAGAACCUAUAGUACUCUUGCUACACAAGUGCUCCAGGUUCUACUGCCAGUGACCCUCAGGUCUUCAAACCUCUUCAGCAUAAACAAAUUAUUUAUAAACAUUUGUUACAUUCAUUGAUGACGCAGCUUGCUGGAGUACCUUACUAGAUACUUGCUGGAGGCCUUAUUAGAGUAACAAUUGCAUCCUUUUCAGUGAGGUCAGAGUGACUCUCGCUUGUUUUAGUCAGUCAGGUCAGUGAAUGCCAGUGUCAUUAGUCAACUGAUCUCCUUUUCAAUCUGGCUUCAAAUUUGAUAAUGAACAUUGAAUGGGACUGAAUUUAUGUACCAAGGAUCUCUUCAUCUCACGUAAGGCCGUUCUCACCUACGCCAGAUAGGUCAAAAGCAGUUUUUUUGCAUAGUGUUGACUUUUGUUAGGAUCUGUAGCAUUACAAAUCCUAAAUUACGGUUUAGAAUACGACACUUUGGUUUUUGAACAAAAAAUGAAAAUAAAUGUAAAUUCGUAGUCACGACACUAUAAAACCUGGAUACAAAUGUUCGAGGUGACUUAGGUCAGGGUUUAGUAUUGUUGUUAAAUAGAGGUUGAUACAUAACUAAUCUGCCAUUUUGUAUUAAGUAGUCAUAAGUGAGUGUGUAACUGGGUGUGUCCUCUGUGUGGUCGUGUCUUAUGAGUAGUAUAACCAAGUGUUUUGUGCGUGUUUGUCUCAUCAGAUAUGAGGAAGUGUCGUGUGAGUAUAUGUGAUUAUGGUAUGUGUAGGUUCAACACACGACUCUGCGACUCCUGAAACAUUCAGUGUUCUAAAUGGUUCUGAGUCCAGACUAUCUUAGGCUGCUCAUAUUUUUGUCAGAAUUGCAUAUGCCGCUGAUGUUAUCCUUUAUAUGUGCUUCCAGUGAAAUACUUUAGGUCAUAUCCACACUAAGGUCUCCUCUUCCUCUUCCGAUGUUGGAAAGUGUCUCUCCUUCAGGCUGAACCGAUGUACCGAUCAUCUAGUCUCGUUUCUCUGGAUCCAAUCCUCAUUGUUGUUCUUAUUAGGAUUGAAUUCCAAAAGCCACUUACUGGACCAAUCUUGCAUAUUUGAGGGUGUCUUGUGAGCGUGUGUGAACAGUGUCCUGGUAGGAGAUAUUAUUGUCUGGAAAAAGCUUUUUCAGGAAUUGUUGAGCCUUCUUUAAAAAUACCUUUUCAAAUUGAAUUAUAUUCUCUGUUCGAGGUAACUUUAAUUAGUUUUAAUUUGACUAUACAUAUCUUUACUCAAACUAACUUUUCUCAAAAUGUUUUCACUCAACAUGUAUGUCUUUGCUCAAAGUACUUUACUUAAGAUAUCUUCGUUCAAUUUAACGUCAAUGACGAUUCCUUCUCUCAAAAACUCUUGAAUUAUUCUAUGUUUAUUUCCAAGUUUUCUCUCACUUAUUCUGCAAGAUGCUGUUUAGAACUACGGGUAUAGUUUGUAUUACAACUAUCACACGAUUUGUGCUAUAUAACACCCGUAGAGUUAGAUAUAUUACUUGUCUUGAACUAUAUUCCGUAAGCUGUAGAUAACCUUCCUUUUCGUGAACUUCUAUCCUCUUGUCCUUUUGCUGAGCCUCUAUCCUCUUGUCCUUCUGAUGGACCUCCAUCCUCCUGUCCUUCUGCUGACCCUCUAUCCUCUUGUUCUUCUGAUGGACCAUCCUCCUGUCCUUUUGCUGAGCCUCUAUUCUCUUGUCCUUCUGAUGGACCUCCUCCUGUCCUUCUGCUGACCCUCUAUCCUCUUGUUCUUCUGAUGGACCAUCCUCCUGUCCUUUUGCUGAGCCUCUAUUCUCUUGUCCUUCUGAUGGACCUCCAUCCUGCUGUUCUUCUGCUGAGCUUCUAUUCUCCUGUUCUUCUGUUGAGCGUCUAUCCUCUUGUCCUUUGGCUGAACCUCAAUCAUGUUGUCCUUUCUAGGUGGUCAUGAUGUUCUUGGUGUUCUGUGAGAUAUCUCAUCUAGUUGUAAAUAUAUGAGUAAAUUAUACUUAUCUAGUCGUGAUCUUGUAGUGAUGGGAAGUAUUUGCCAUAGUUUACUGCAAGUCUUGACGAAACAGGCAGGCUUAAAUAUUGGAUGAAGUUGUCGUAGUUGUACUCAAUUAAUGUACAAUUUUGCUUCUGUCUUCCUUCAGGCGAGUGGAGGACAGAUGGCAUAGAAUUACCAAUGAAUAUGGUUCUACAGAUUAAAUAAAUUAACAUAUAAAUGAAUAUAGUAAUAAAGGAAUCUAUUGUUAACGGGAUAAAUGAUAAAGAAGCUACAAAAGACUAAACACAAAAGGGCAUGUACAUGAAAAUAAAGGAAGUGAAGGGGUUUAUAAAUGAAUGUAAGUGAUGGUUUUUGGUGCAGGGCUGAUGGCAACCUCUGGAGGGCUAGUAAGACCACAUCAACAGCUUUCUGACUAACCAGCAACUAUACUUUAGUCUUGGACAUAGUCCAGGACAAAAAUAGUACGUAAAUCCGGGUUGACCUUCAUUAAAUAAUGAAGAUAUAGGAAAAAAUGGUUGAUUGGUGUUGAAGGUAUAAUAAACUCAGAAAGUGAAUCCACAACACGAACUGCCUUUAACAUUUUCAUGUAUAUUUUGUAUUAUGCACCCCAUACCCAUCCCGUGGGCGGUGGUGGAAAGGGUUACAGAGGCACACAAUCGGUUCAGGAACUGAACCCCUUCGUCCAUUGUACGUUCAGCUAAGUAAGUGACAUUCUUGUGAAGCUAGUUACACAAUUGUUAAUAUUACAUACACAU